UGCAUUUCUGUUGUUUCAUAGUGAGAAAAAGAAAAGAAAACAUACUUGAAAUUUUUAAUGGAUUAUCAGAUGAUCAAUAAUAACAACAAUAUGAUUGAAGAAGAUAUCGUAAUCGUUGGCGCAGGAAUCGCGGGGCUUGCUACAUCUUUAGGACUACACAGGAUGGGUUUCAAAAGUUUGGUGUUGGAAUCAUGGGAGAAUUUGAGGGUAACAGGGUUUGCAUUCACAACAUUCACUAACGCUUGGAAGGCUUUGGAUGCUCUUGGUAUUGGUGAUACCCUAAGAGAACAACAUAUCCUACUUCAAGGACUAGUGGCUACUUCUACAAUUUCCGGAAUUCCUACCUCACACACGUCAUUUACAGACCCUCGAGGAAAUUCACCACAAGGACAUGAAAUUCGGUGCGUUGGGAGGAAAGUACUGCUCGAAACACUAGCAAAUGAACUUCCACAAGGCACCAUUAGAUUCUGUUCUAAGGUUGUGUCAAUUGAAGAACAGGGGAGUGCUAAACUGAUUCACCUAGCAGAUGGAUCUGUCAUCAAGACUAAGGUCUUAAUUGGGUGUGAUGGAGUGAAUUCAGUGGUAGCAAAAUGGCUAGGACUUCAAGAGCCAGUUUUCGCUGGGCGGACAUCAAUUCGGGGCCAUGCUGUUUUCAAAGAGAACGAGGGCCACUUCUUUGGCCCCACAUUUUUGCAAUUCUUUGGUGAUGGCUGUCGCUCAGGUUUCCAGCCAGUCAACCAAAACACAAUAUAUUGGUUUUUCACACAUGCUCAGUCAAUAUUACCUCAGGAAGCAGACUCUAUGAAUACGAAACAGUAUAUGGUGAAGAAGCUUGGUAAAGCACCAAAAGAAGUGAUGGAUAUAAUCGAAAAGACUGACCCGAAAAGCAUUGUCAUCUCACCAUUAAGGUUUAGAUGGCCCUCAAAUAUUUUAUUCGGCAGCAUCAGCAAAGCAAAUGUUUGCGUAGCUGGAGAUGCUCUCCAUCCUAUGACACCAGACAUAGGUCAAGGUGCAAAUGCCGCACUAGAAGAUGGUGUUGUUCUAGCUAGAUGCCUCAGUCGAGCCUUGUUACUAAAAGCAACAGAUGAGACAGCAGAAUAUAACAAUAUUAACACAGGUUUAGCCAAGUAUGCUAAAGAGAGAAGAUGGAGAAGCUUUGAACUUGCCAGUACAUCUUACAUUGUUGGCGUUUUACAACAGGGUAGCGGAAUGUUCAUCAAAUUUAUUAGAGACAAAUUCCUGUCCCCAUACCUGGCUGGCAUGCUUCUUAAGAGGGCGGAAUUUGAUUGCGGGAAACUCGACACUUGAAUGAAACAAAAUUUAUAGAACUUGGUCAUCCAGUGGUUUCUUUAAAGCCGAACUGCAGGCUACAUGAAUGUUAUAAAUGACAAACAGAAUCUUUGAAUAAAAACUGAAAAUUUACGAGCAAAA